UCAGUAAAUUGGUAAUUAAUUAUAAAGACAAUGUGGGUUAAACCACACGAGGUUCUUCUUGCAAAUGCGCUGUGGGUGACGGAACGAGCGAAUCUAUACUUUAUACUUCAGCGAAGAAAAGGACAUGGAGAUCAUGGUCUUGGUUCCAUACUUGUUAAUACCCUGGAUACAGUAUUGGAUUCUAGUGCUAAAAUAUCACCAUACAGAAUUCUGCAUCAAACUUCAAACUCUGAAAUUAGUUACAACAUUGCUUCAGGCACAUCAAAGAAAGAAAUAUUUUUGAACUGGGAAUGGCUAGAACUAAACAUGAUGAAGACAUUGAGUUCAUUUGAGAGUGAAGAUGACGUCACUGAAUUUGUGAUGGGAAAGAUUGAAAGCCUUGCUGCCACUGAAGGUCAAAAGAAGCAUGUGAAUGAAAACAGUAAAAAGUUUAAAGAAGCCACAAUGAAGUUCAGACAUUUAUUUGGAAUGCCCGAAGAAGAAAAACUUGUCAAUUAUUAUUCCUGUAGUUAUUGGAAAGGAAAAGUACCACGGCAAGGAUGGAUGUAUCUUAGUGUGAAUCAUUUAUGUUUUUAUUCUUUUCUACUGGGAAAAGAAGCAAAAUUAAUAAUAAGAUGGGUUGAUGUGACUGAAUUAAAGAAAACCAGUACCAUGCUCGUUCCAGAAAGUGUCUGUGUUCUCGUUCGUGAACAAUCCUACAAUUUUUCUGUAUUUGUGAAUAUAACGGAGACGCACAGAUUAAUGGUUCAGCUUGCAAACAUAGCAGUUCGUCAACUUCUUGAUAGAGAAGGAUUUGAAGAAGAUCAAUCUAUCGCUGAAAGAGCUGCUUCUAAUAAUAAAGGAAAGAAUAAAAAACGAAAGAAGACAUCAACUCUCAAGCGAGAUCUUGAUGCACGAGAAAGAAGUGAAAAAUAUCGAAUCUCGUUCAGACUUCCUAAGACUGAGAAAUUGGACGGUCAUAUACAGUGCACUGUAUGGGUACCGUAUGACAAACGUCAUGUGUGGGGAAAACUAUAUCUUUCUCAAAAUUUUGUUUGUUUCAGCGGCCAAGUCAAUGAUCCAGUACAAAUUGUCAUACCAAUGAGAGAAAUAACUGUUGUUGAAAAGGCAGAUAGUUCCAACAUAUUGCCUAACCCUAUUUCCAUCACUACAAGAUGCAAAAUAACAUUUCUGUUUGGUCAUGUUCGAGAUCGGGAAUAUCUUGUUCAGCUUAUAUCAGAUUUUUUGUCCAAAACACAACAUCAUAAAUAUUCAAACAAACGACGAUCAGAUUCACCAGGACGUUUGAAGAGUAACAGUUCCUUGUCUCCUAUAACACCAACACCUUCUGAUGGAUCUCAUAAUUCAAGCAGAAAUUCAUCGAAUGAUGACAAUAAUGAUCAAUCAUUAGAUAAAGAUGCAAAUGGUAACAAAGGUGCAGGUGUUGAUUUGGAACCAGCGUUGGCAACAGUGUUUUGCAGGAGGAAUUCAGAAGAAAUCGAUCCCAAAGAAUUAAUGAAAGAAAAUUUAUGGUCAAUUCAUUAUCAAGAAUAUGGCCGAGGUGUUUGCAUGUACAGGACUAAUAAAACAAGAGAACUCGUUAUGAAGGGAAUUCCUGAUUCAAUACGAGGUGAAAUAUGGAUGAUUUACUCAGGUGCAAUCAACGAAAUGGCAAGCCAUGAAGGAUACUAUGAAUCACUACUGGAAAAAUGUAUGGGAAAAUGUAGCAUCGCUACAGAUGAAAUAGAACGUGAUUUACAUAGGUCUUUACCAGAACAUCCAGCAUUCCAAUCAUCUCGUGGUAUCGAUGCAUUGAGAAGGGUUCUCACCUCUUAUGCUUUUAGGAAUCCUAGUAUUGGAUAUUGUCAGGCAAUGAACAUCGUCACAUCUGUAAUGCUUUUAUAUACAACUGAAGAACAAGCAUUUUGGUUGUUGGUCUCUUUGUGUGAAAGAUUGUUGCCAGAUUAUUAUAAUACUAGAGUUGUUGGAGCGUUGGUUGAUCAGGGAGUUUUCGAAGAUCUCACGAGAGAAUAUUUGCCAAAAAUACAUGGCCAACUUCAAAAUCUCGGGGUUGUGGCAACAAUUUCUUUGUCCUGGUUUUUAACACUGUUUAUUUGUGCAAUGCCGUUCAAUGCAGCUGUGAAAGUUGUCGAUUGUUUCUUCUAUGAUGGAGCUCCUGUUAUUUUUCAAAUUGCUCUGAGAGUCUUAGAAGCUAAUAUGGACCAGUUAAUGAAAUGCAAUGAUGAUGGUGAAGCAAUGACAGUUUUAUCAAGAUAUUUAGAUAAUAUAAAAAACAGAGAUGCAAAGGAUCCAUUUUCACAUCAUACGUCAUACAUGGGUGGAAGUGCACCAUCUACACCUGCACCACCGAUAGACAUUGCUGAAUUAAUUACUGAAGCUUACACAAAUUUCAGUCAAAUAACUGAAACUAUGAUCGAGAAAAUGAGGUUCGAUCAGAGGUUAAAGGUUGUUCGCAAACUUGAAGAUACAACAACCAGAACCAUAGUACGAGGUGUGCAAUCUGAAUGCAAAUUUGAAUAUGAUGAAUUGGAGAACUUAUUCCUCCUAUUUAAGGAAGAACAUAUAGCAAAAACAUACUGGGGAGGGAACACAGAUAAUACAUCAACAGCAACUGAAGAUCCCACAAAACCUUCAUAUGAACAAUAUUAUGCUGAUAAAAAUGGAUUCAGAUAUAUGUUUUCAAACUUAUGUCCAUGGAGUUUUGGAUCGCAUGCAAUAAGAAUUGCUGAUCAAGUAUUCAGAUUGUAUGAAAAUAGCAAAGACAGCGUUGUCAGUUUCAGGGAUUUCGCUGUCACUCUUGGAAUCAUGUACAGAGGAGAUCUGCAAGAGAAGUUGAAUUUGUUAUACAGAUUACAUCUCCCUCCAGCAUUACCUAACGUACUUGAAAUUGACAGCGCAGAAAUUGGUGUUGAAGCUACGCAGUUCUUUGAAACAAGCCAAGAUACUGAGGAGCUGAAACUGCAUGGGAAAGGGGAAGAGGAGGAAUUAAAUGAAGCACAGAAAAAUUUUCUUGAGGUUAUUGAGAGUGUUGCUGAAAUUUCAGUUGAUAAUGAGUUCAUGAUGACAACUGCUGUUCAGGAUCAUUUCUCAGAAGAUAAAAAUGGAAACACUGAAAAUUCAACUGCAGAAAGUCAACAAAUUUCAGCUAUGCCGUCAAAAAAAAGGUAAUGAAGACGGUGAUGCUGGUUCGACUUCUGCAGGGAAAUCUGGAGAUGAUCCUGAAAAAGUUAUCAAGCCUACUUCAUUCCCUGAACCUCUUGUUACUAAUAAACCAUCAGACAAAUCAAAACCAGAAGUGAAAGAUUAUAAAUAUUACUUGGCAUUGUAUCAAGAAGACAAGAAGAAAAAAUCAUUGUUUAAUAGGGAUCUUGCUCCAAUGAAUCAG